AUGUCUACCGUGUUUGUCGGCAGCAGCAGGCAUCGACACCUAGACGAUGAGCUGGCUUCGAAUGGCUCCUCAAUCUCGCUGGAUGAGCAGGCUGAAGCCCUCCUCAAGCCGCCAGAGAAGAAGGCCGAUUCCGCGAGUGCUUCACCAAACGACGUCCCUCCCCUGGGUCUGCCUCAUCAUGAGAAGAGGUUUUGGUUCCAGAGGGGUCAAGCAUAUGAUCCUCACGCCAUCGCAACACAGGCAAGCGUGUUUGACAAUCCGGACACCGCGAAGGAGGAGAACCUGCACCGCUUCGACCCGUUUGCUCGAUGGACCUGGGGCGAAGAGUACAGGUUGAUUCGCAAGACCGAUGUGCGGAUCAUGGUCUUUGCCUGCAUCAUGUUCAUGGCUUUGGAACUCGAUCGUGCAAAUAUCACGCAGGCCCUGAGCGACGACUUCCUCAAGGACCUGCACCUAACCACCAACGAUUAUAAUCUCGGCAACACGGUUUUCAAAGUGUCCUUCCUUUGCGCCGAGGUGCCGUCGCAAUUGGUGUCGAAAUGGGUCGGUCCCGACCGCUGGAUUCCCAUGCAAAUGACUCUGUGGUCCCUUGUCGCCGUGACCCAAUUCUGGCUCGAGGGGCGGACAUCUUUCCUCCUCUGUCGAUGUCUCUUGGGGAUUUUGCAGGGCGGCUUCAUCCCAGACGUGAUUCUCUACUUGUCGUACUUCUACAAGCACCACGAACUCUCCUUGCGCCUGGGCUUCUUCUGGACCGCCAUGAGUCUGGCCGACAUCAUCUCGGGCUUCCUGGCCUACGGCGUCCUCCAUAUGAGAGGCGUGCAGCGGCAGUCUGGGUGGCGGUGGUUGUUCCUGAUAGAGGGGCUAUUGACCAUGUUCGUCGGCCUUUUGGCGUUUGGUCUUAUGCCGGCCUCGCCAACACAGACAGCAAGCUGGCUUCGGGGGAGGACGGGCUGGUUUACAGAGAGGGAGGAGAUCAUCAUGGUCAACCGAGUGAUCCGCGACGACCCCAGCAAGGGCGGCAUGCACAACCGGCAGGCCAUCACCCCAGGUCUCCUGUGGCAGAGCCUGAAAGAUUUCGACCUUUGGCCACUGUAUGUCUUGGGGCUCAUGUUCCAGAUUCCCAUGACGCCGGUACAGCAGUAUCUCACGCUCUCUCUGCGCGGUCUCGGCUUCGACACAUUCCAAACGAAUUUGUUGGCGAUUCCCUACACCGUCUUCCAUAUGAUCAACAUGCUGCUUUUGACCUAUGUGGCCGAGAUCCUGCACGAGCUCACAUUCACGGCCGUGACAGGCCAGCUCUGGGCGCUCCCAUUCCUGAUCUUCUUCAACAGCGUCGAUACGUCCAAGAUGAACAAAUGGGCCACGUGGGCCGUCACGACUCUGCUGCUCAGCUACCCCAAUGCCCACCCGAUCCAAGUUGGCUGGAACUCGCGCAACUCCAACGCCGUACAUUCCCGCACCGUGUCGGCGGCCAUGUACAACAUGUUCGUGCAAGCCGGCGGCGUGAUAUCCUCCAACGUGUAUCGAGCAGAUGAUGCCCCCGCCUACAAGCGCGGCAACCGUGUGCUCCUCGCCGUGGCCCUGCUGAACAUUGCUUUGUACCUGUUCACCAAGGCAUACUACGUGCUCCGCAACCGGCACCGCGACAGGAAGUGGACCGCCAUGACCGAGGCGCAGCAGCUUCAGUACCUGUCGAGAACGCGGGAGAUGGGAAAUAAGCGGUUGGAUUUCCGGUUUGCGCACUGA